GCUAAGUGAUCAAGACAGAAUUCUUGACUAUAAACUUGCUUUAGUGCUACAUGUAGUAUAUGGGAAACUAAUCAGUUACUGCCCAAUGGCUCAGCCACAAAAUAUUUGCCAACAAUGUAUGGCACUUAUAGUUGGCAUAUUCACAAAGAUAUUUUCCUUCUUUAAAAAUCUUUGCUUCCACCAGAGGAAAGAAAAGAAAGCUAGUGCAGUUGAAAGCGUCUUUCACAAAGAAAAAAUCGUAAUACUCGGCUAUCAGUUGAAGAACAGAUCUCUGUCCCUUGAGAAGAGAGCCCAAGCUGCCUUUAGAUUGGGUCUGUUGGCUUUCACAGGAGGACCAAUGGCAGCAAAAUGGGUAUCCGACUACAUGAAUGACAUAGCUUUACUCUUGCAAAGGGAAAAUCUCCCUCCACGUAUCAAGAUCAUGCUACUGCAGAGCGUUUCCAGUUGGUGCUACUUAAACGUUUGGGGCCAAAAGAGAGCUAGAUUCGUAAACAUAAUUGCCAUUCUUGUGUCUUUUCUGGAAGAGGAGGUUACCAAUCCCGAGUUAAAGAGCUCCAUGAUGCCUGUCAAAUUCUGGUCUUGCUAUCUUCUUGCUAUCAUUAUUUGUAACAACAUGCCAGUCGUCCAGGAACUUACACAUCAUACUUCUUUGAAGUUCUCACUACAACUUCUGGCAAGUGAGAAUUGGCUGGGAUGGCCUGAGAAUUUUGCUGAAGUCUUGUUCUUCCUGCUGGGGUACCACAGGACUUAAUUAGACAGGCUAUUUAAAGGAAACAGGAGUCAGAAAAAUAGUGUCCCCGCUUAGACAUUAGUACUCUCAUAUUUGCCUUGUAUUGUAUUAAUGGCAGAGAGCCGUAAUAAAAAUGGAUAUAACGU